AUGCCACGUUUCCAAGGCAAGGUUGCCAUUGUCACAGGUUCAUCCUCUGGGAUAGGAGCUGGAACGGCUGUGCUGUUGGCUAAAGAAGGUGCAAAAGUGACAAUUACGGGAAGAAAGCAAGAUGGACUAGAGGCUACCAAGAAAGCUAUGAUUGAAGCUGGAGCAAACGAGGACGAUAUAAAUGUCGUUGUGGCAGACGUAACGGACGCUAUCGGAAGGGAACAAAUUGUUUCGAGCACCGUCCAGAAAUUCGGACAUUUAGACAUUUUGGUUAACAAUGCCGGCGCAGCAUUUCGUAAUGAAAAUGGACAUAUAGGACUGAAUGCCGGUACCGAUAUCUUGGAGAAAACCAUGAAAACAAAUGUGUACAGCGUAGUCGACAUGAUCAAGCUGGCUAGACCACAUCUUAUCAAAUCCAAGGGUGAAAUCAUCAAUGUUUCCAGUAUUGCCGGACAGCCUAGCUCUUACGCUAUGACUGCAUAUUAUGCAAUGUCAAAAGCAGCAUUAGAUCAAAUGAUGCGAGCUAUGGCAAUCGAACUGAUAGCUGAAGGGGUUCGCGUAAACAGUGUGAGUCCUGGUGUGGUGGUAACCAGAUUUAUUCAAAACGUUGGUAUUUCCGAUGAAGGGGCUGAAAAGUUUUACCAAGACAUGGCCAGCAAUCGUUCCCGCAUCCCAUGUGGAAAAGCUGGUUCUCCAUCGGACAUUGCCAAUGUGAUUGCCUUUUUAGCAGACCGCAACCAGUCAUCCUAUAUUGUUGGGCAGACGAUCAUCGCUGAUGGCGGAACAUCGCUAGUGCUGGCUGCAAAUGCAGAUUUUGAUGAAACUAAGCUAAAGUGA